AUGUUGUGUAGUUUAAAUACACGACUCAAAACAAAAAAGUGGGGCGAGACUUUUGACCUCCACUAUCGUGCACGUUUAGGUGUUCCAGCAUUUGAUGAAUCAUUAAUAAUGAUUUCGAAGAGUAUCACUCAAAAUGCUGGAUAUGAUCAGCAAAAGACAAUUGUUAAACUUCAACAAGAUGAUGCAACAUCAAAACGACCUGUUGGUAUCGAUAUUACAACAGAUAGUCGUCGGGAUAUGAUAUUAAAGCAAUAUACUGAACAAAUAUUUAUAGAUCUUUAUGUUCGUAUUACAAACAAUCUUCAUCAACAGCAGAACUAUAAAGAAUGUACAACAAAUACAACUGUUGUUAUUCUUAUGAUUGAUUGA